AAUUGCCUCUAUUAGUUGAUUAGAAGAAUUUCUAGUCUGUAGACUAAUAGAUGUAAAGUGAGAAAGAAGAUUUUUGUUUGGUUUUCUCAUGAUCAUAAACAUUGAUCUUCUUUUUCUCAUGAUCUUGUCAAUUUCUUUGCCUCUCCUUUUACUUUCUUUCUUUCUCUCUCUGUUUAAAUGAUCUUUAGUUGGGUAAAUUUCUUAGAAAGUGACAAAUUAUUAUUACAUCGAACCUCCUAAUUCCACCCACCAUGAACCUCUGGUUCGGGUAUAAAAAGAGAGGGUGGAAAUUGAGUUGAUCGUCAUUCGCUUCCUCGUCUUCAAGCCUUUUACUUGAUCUUCACUUGAUCUUCACUUGAUCUUCACUUGAUUUUCAUCUUUUACCUUUUUUCUUUUUAUCUUUUUUUCUAUUUGUUAAUUGUUCUAUUUUCUUAAUUGAUCAAAAUGUCUACUGUUACCGAAAAAAUCAUUGGUUGGAAUAUUUUAUCAGAGGAAAUUAAAGCAAUCAAAUUGAAAGAUUUGGUUAAUUUAACUCGAACCUUUGAAAGUCUAAUUAAUGAUAUCAUAAUCUCCGAAAGUGAAAGAGCUGUUUUGGAAACUCAUAAAUCGGUUAUAAUUCGUGAAGAGAAACAACAAUCAUCUGUCAUUGAUUCGAAUAUUUCUUGGGAAGAUUCGCAAUUGAACAAGUCAAUUUCUAAAGUUGAUUGGAGUAUCGAAGAGAAGGGAAAAUCAUCACCACCCGAAGAUAAAGACUCUGAAGUAUUCGUUUGGCCAAUGAUCGAUAUUAUGACUGAGGACGAAAUGAAUAAUGAGACUGAUCAUUGUAAUGGAGAUUCAGGUGAACCAGAAGAAGAAGAACAUCAAGAAGAACAAGAGAAAGAAAAAAGUUCCAAGGGCGAAAUGGAUUGGAAUGGAGGAACCAAUUGGUGCUAAUCAAACUCUUUCGACGAUUUGAUGAUUUGGACACUUGAAUAUUUAAUUUGAUUUCAAUUCCAUUUUUCAUAACAUUUUCUAUUCUCUCAACAUCAAUUUAACUUGAAUUUUCUUUCAUUAUUUCAUUUUAAUCAUUUUCACUUUGAUUUUGUGUCCAAAAACCAUAAAUACAAGAAUAAAAACUUAAUUCAAAUUCCAA